CCAGGGCUUCUCAGGGGGAAAAGCUCUUCCUGCAGGGCUACUGUGGAAACAUGCUGAGCCAUAGCCCUGCAGGACGCUAUGGAAAAGAUGAGUGAGGCUGAUUUGCAAUGAGCCGGAGAAGUCUUUGGGAACAGAGGAGUCACAGCUUGUGAAGCUAGAGAGUGCAGGUACAUGAGGGCUAUCGGCAGCCCCUGCUUUAGCAAUGAUCAGGCUCAUAGUCACCCCGAAGAUAUCCCUUGCUGAUGAACCACUGAAAAUCCAGGUCUCCGGCUUGCCCCCCUCCCAGCUGGUGACCCUCCAAGCCUCUCUGACCGAUGAGAAAGGGGUGCCCUUCUACUCCCAAGCACUCUACUGGUCAGAUAAGGCUGGAGAAGUGGACCUGGAGCGGGCUGCUGCCACUGGAGGGGAUUACACAGGUGUGCAGCCCAUGGGUCUGUUUCAGUGCCUGAAGCCAGAAAAGCUGUUCCACAGGCUGAUAAAGCGGGAUGUGAUGCAGAGUCCCUUCCAGGUCCGCCUGGACUUGUUCGACUCUCAUCAUUUGUUUUCCUCACCCCGCGAUCAGCCUGCAGCCAGCCAGACUGUGGAGAGGUGGUACGUGGCACCUGGAGUACAGCGGGUCCAGAUCAGAGGCAGCAGAGUCCGCGGAGCCCUCUUCCUCCCUCCAGGGGAAGGUCCUUUUCCAGGGCUGAUUGACAUGUUUGGUGGCAUGGGUGGACUCAUUGAAUUCCGAGCCAGCCUCCUUGCCAGUCGUGGCUUUGCUGCACUGGCCCUAGCUUACUUUGCGUAUGAAGACCUGCCCAGUUUUCUAGAUGAGGUGGAUCUGGAAUAUUUUGAGGAAGCUGCCAACAUACUCUUGGAACAUCCAAAGGUGGGAGGAGCAGGAAUUGGUGUGGUUGCAACCUGCAAAGGUGCUGAGAUUGCCCUGGCAAUGGCAACGUUCCUACCACAGAUCACAGCUACCAUUUGCAUUAACGGGACCAAUGCCAUCCAUGGGACUGCACUGCGCUACCGUGAUCUCCACAUCAGUCCAAUACCUUACAAAUUAGAGUGUGUGCGGCAAAUGCCCCUGGGGCUGCUCUCUUUCUUCAAUGCCAUUGGGGAUACUCGAGCAGAGGCAAAUCAAGGUAGCAUCAUCCCUGUUGAAAAGGCCCAGGGUCAGCUCCUCUUCGUCGUGGGCGAAAGCGACCAGAACUACAACAGCAAAGCAUAUGCUGAGGAAGUGAUGGAGAGGAUGAGGAGACAUGGGAGAAAGAACUGCACCCUGCUGUCUUAUCCAGGCGCUGGGCACCUGAUAGAGCCCCCGGGGUCCCCGUUGUGCCCCUGCUCAAGGACCCCCUUUUUCGUCUUGCCCUUGAUGUGGGGAGGUGAAGCCCAACCCCAUGCCGCAGCACAGGAACAUUCUUGGAGAGAGAUCCAAAAAUUCCUUUGGCACCACCUGUGCCCAACAGGAAUCAGCAAACUCUGAAAACCGGGAGCCCUGGACCGAAAAGUUUCUGUGCCCCAUGCCCUCCUGAACCCGAUCAAGAAAUAUUGUAACCAUCUGUGAAUUCCGGAUAUCAACUGAAAGAGAAAUACACCACGUUGGGGGCGAGGGUGCAUUUCCAACCAGUACAACGUGGACAUCUUCUCUUGUAGGCCUGCAGCCAAUAGCAGGUGGGAAACACAAAUGCAUGAACAAGAAUGAUUUGAUCUAGUAGAAGGCAGACAUGUGUUUGGGGCCUGAUCCAGCUCUCACUGAAAUCUGUGGGAACUGGAUCAGAAUCUGGUAGUGGUUUCUCUCUGCAGAGUUCUAUGCAAAAUUUUCCAGCUUUGCUUCCCAGCUUGAGUUUUUGCUUCAAGCGAAUCCCAAAUUUUAAGGGGAAAAAUACUGAAAUCACAGAAGUCAACUGUGAUGGGUAGAGUUACCACCUUUCCAAACCAGCCCUUGACCAGAUUCACUGGAAACUUGGCCCUGAUUUCCCAGCCCUACAAGUCAGAGGCAGUGAAACAGUUUCCCUGAGAAGUAGGAACGAGGACUUUUCUCUCUGACAUGCAGCUGCACCAUUAAAUAUGCUGGAGACCACCUAGGCCUUGUCUACAUUACGAGUUUUUGAAUCCGUAACUCCCACCAUGUUCAGCUCGACCAGUGGAGACUGCAGUGUAGACAAGUGGCCUUGAGUGUUUUGACCACUCUUAUUUUCUAACCUUUUCUACACUGCAGCCUUAACUAGAGAAGCUGCAGUAAGGAAUUAAGGGUCUGAAAAUCAAAGUGCAGCCAUGGCUAAGCAGGAGAGAUCUGUACCUUAACUUGGACAGCUUCCAUUGUUGCCUGCAGUGCAGUUGUGGCCGUGUUGCUCCCAGGAUAUUAGGGAGACAAGGUGGGUGAAAUAAUAUGUUUCACUGGCCCAACUUCUGUUGGGGAGACAGACAAGGUUUCAAGCCACACAAAGCUCUUCUUCAGGUCUGGGAAUGAUACUCCCAGUGACACAGCUAAAUGCAAGGGGUAACACGUCGUUUAGCGUAAGUAGUUAGCAUCUAUACACAUGCACUCUAUCUUGAAUGGUCCCUUAGACUAUGUGCUAACUGUGUGUGUGAAACAAUCUGUUCCAUCUUCUAGUUAGCUGGGAUGCCUGGAGUUCCUUUCCCAGACCUGAAGAAGAGCUCUGUGUAAGCUUGUCUCUCUCACCCACAGAAGUUGGUCCAAUAACAGAUAUUACCUCACCCACCUUGUCUCUCUAAUAACCUGGAGAGGACAGUUCUUAAAAAAAAGUCUCCGUUCAUCCAUGUCAGGGAAUCAAUGGUAGAACUUUUCUCACUAAUCUGGUUUCAGCUGUAGUGGGGCAGAACCGGUAAGAGGCAGACCUGCACACUUUGGAUCUACCUCACCCAGCUGACGGAAACAUGGUUCUUUCUCACCUCCUUUCUACUGGUGUUUGAAAAUGGCUGAGCUGCUAUUGCAGAGAGCAGGUUAGAGAGCACAGGUUUGUCACAUCUACGAUAGCAGCAAUAGAGAGGAGCAUCCGCUCCUGGGAACCUUUGCUAGCAAGUAAUCCUCUUCCUGGUACAGCGGGAUGUAGGGGCCUGAUCUAAUACCCGCUGAAGUCAGUGGAAAUACUCCCACUGAUUUCAUUGGGCUUUGGAUCAAGGCCCGAGCGUGGAAACCUGAGACUUAUCAGUGGUUCCACCGUGGGUUGCUCAAGAACCCUAAAACCAGUCCCAUGUCUACAUUCUGCCAUUCCCAAGGCAAAAAGUAGAUUCCCAAGACAAUACCAAGCCUGAUGAAUCACGGGUAAGGCAAGAUAGAAAGAACCAUCCCAGCAUUUCUUCAAAAAACAAAUGACAGAACCCUGGAUGCAAGGUUUUUUUGUGAUUUCUCCCCCCCCCCCCCCAAUCUGUUUUGGAAAAAAAAUACGGUAUACAAAAAAGCCAAGAAGAACCAACUUGAAAGAGUCAGGUAAACAUUCCAGUGAAAGUACAGAGAGGCUCCAUUCCUUAAAAGGGAUAUACAUCAGUUAUCACCAUGCUAGAAACACGAGAGGCAGGAAAACCUUAGGAACAAGUAAAAGCCACAAAGUGAAACUAUUGCUCUGGUUCUGUUUGUUGUAAAUGGGCUCCCCUUAG